AGUUGGUGCACCAAGAGCUCAGACAAAUCAACCUGGUGUAGUCGCUGGGGGCGCCCUCUACAAGUGUCCAUUGAGGUCCUUAUCAACCUAUGAAGAUUGCCAUCAAGUAUCUUUGGACCCUGAAGGUAACUUGAUGCAGAAUGGAGAAGAAAUAACGAACAAAUCCGGUCAAAUGUUCGGAGCGACGGUCCACAGUGGAGGGGCUGAUGAACCAGUAGUAGUGUGCAGUCCACUCUUCACCCGGUUCAUCCAUCCAACCUCUUCGGAGAGUACGACGAGGGACCCAAUCGGCGCUUGUUUAAUCACCAAACGAAACUUCACAGAGAUUCACGAAUUCAUGCCCUGCAAUAAUACUGACUCCGAGGCAUCACUGGAGUGUCAGGCGGGCCUCAGUGCAGCAGUAGCAGAUGGAGAGAUACUAGUAGGAGCUGCAGGAAACUUCAAAGCAAAGGGACAAGUUCACCUUGUCUCCUUGUAUGAUGGACAGCUAGGUUUAUAUUCAUCCGGGGAGCCAAAGUUACUAAAGGAAAGUGAUUACAAAGGGUACUCCGUGGCAUUCGCCGACUUUGAUGGUGAUACUUAUUACGAGUACGUAGUCGGGACGCCCCGCGCAGCCCAGAACCGAGGCACGGUUUCUAUUUUAGGUCUGGCAUUGGACGCAAUUAAAGUGAUGGAAGGUUUCGAGAUGGGGGAGUAUUUUGGACACUCAAUCGUUGGAUCAGACCUAAAUGGCGACGGCUAUGAUGACAUGAUCGUCUCUGCGCCUAUGUACAGUAAUAUGCGAGAUAAACGACAUGAAGUUGGUCGGGUUUACAUCUACACAAAUAACAGAGACGGCACCUUUGAGUCACCACAGCUACUUGAAGGAAAGCAAGCUGGAGGUAGAUUUGGCUUCUCUAUCGCCUCACUCGGAGACGCUAACAGAGAUGGUUUCAAAGAUUUAGCCGUAGGAGCCCCUCAUGAAGGUGAGACUGGACUGGGACGGGUGUAUAUCUUUCAUAGCUCUGGAAGGGAAGGACUAUACCAAUCAGCAACACAGGUGCUUGACCCUUUGACCUUAGGUUUGACCCUGACGACCUUUGGCUUCUCUCUAUCUUCUGGAAUGGACAUGGAUAAUAAUCAAUAUCCGGAUCUCGCUGUUGGGAUGUACAAGGCGUCAACAGUUGCUCUGUUUAGGUCGCGACCGGUUGUGAAUGUCUCUUCAAAUAUCAUCGUCGACCUUGGAACCGGGAUCCGAUUGAAGGAACGUAAUUACCGGCUUCUUAAUGGUGCCCUGGUACUGGGGUUCAAUGUUACUCUCUGUUUAUCAUUUGAUGGGAUAAAUGUACCAGAUGAAAUUACUUUGGACUAUGAAUUGAUAGCAGAUGCUAAGCUCCCAGUCAGUCAGCGAUGCUACUUUGAACUGCUUGGUCAACCCGACGCAGCUUCUAUCCAGGAUCGCGUCACACUGUCAACUGGGACAGAGAUAUGUCUUUCUCACGUUGCCUACAUUCCGAAUUCCAUUCAGGACAAACUCACGCCCAUCACCAUGCGGGCCAACUACACCCUCAUCACAGAACAGCUCAACGGUACUCUCUUAGAACCAGCUGAUAUACAACCUAUACUCAAUAACAACAUCCCUGCCUCGGCAUAUCUGACAGUUCCAAUCCUAAGAAAUUGCCAAAAUGCGACAUGUGUGCCAGACCUCCGACUUAGUGUCACAAAGAAUCUUGAAAAGUUAUUUGUUGGAGACCGAAAGAACAUAAUUAUGAUCAUCACCAUCACAAACCACGGCGAGGAUGCGUACCAAUCUAAACUCAGGAUUCAUACCCCUACAGAGCUUGUCUUUAAGAAGGCUGAACAACUACGAUUGACUCACGAUUUCAUUUCUUCCUGUUCCAAUGACCUACAACUUUCUUUAGUCACGUGCUCUGUGGGGAAUCCCCUACCAGCUGAUUCAGAGCUCAAACUUCGCGUUGAAUUCGAGAACGUGAAUCUGUCUGGACAAGUUGACCUCUUGACCUUUUCCAUGCAGGUUCAAAGUGUUGAAGCUGAACGUCAAAACACAAGGAGAGACAACCAAAUGGAUAUUCUUAUACCAGUCGAAAUAGAUGCCUCUAUGAAACUGAUUGGGUUAUCUAAUCCUCAAGAGGUCAUUUUCCAUCCAGAGAAAUAUCCCCUUGAUCGUAGCAUCAACUCUUACGAUGACAUUGGGCCUGAAAUCAGCCAUUAUUUCUCGCUCAUUAAUAAAGGCCCAUCGCAUAUCGGUCCAGCCACUGUCCAUAUCGAAUGGCCACUAUUCACGAAUAAUGGCAGCAUUUUGCUGCUCCUCACAAAGGCUUCCAUGAACAACGGUCAAAUGUGCACUGUCAACACAUACGUGAGCCCAGCAAAAUUACCGAUGCGAACGGAUGUGAUGUACGAAGACACAGGUUUUCAUCCAGACCAAUCAUAUUGCAGGGAUGUCACCCGAUCGCUUAUGUCACGCCAUUUGCAAUGCUGCUCCCUCGGUAACUGCGCAACCAUAACGUGCAGACUGGACAGCCUUCUCGCCACGAGCUCAGCGAAAGGAGAUGUCGUUAUUACCGUCAAAUCAAGGUUAUGGAUGAAUACGCUGAUCCAGGAAAACAUCAAAGAUUUGAGGAUAUCAUCUCGAGCCUCGGCUGUAGCCAAGGGAAGCUACUACACCAUUCAAUUUGAUAAUAAUCCUGUUUCUAAUUACACGAUAACAACCGAAAUAUCGGAAUAUGUUGAAGAGGAGGAUCAGACGAUUCACAUUCCCAUUUGGAUCUACAUAGUAGCCGCAUCAGUGGGACUCCUUAUCGUAGUUCUUUUAGUUCUUAUUUUAUGGAAGAUCGGGUUCUUCAAGAGGAAAAAGAUCACCCCGGAACAGCGGAAGAAAAUAGGACACCCCGAAUCAUCAAGAUCACAAAAGUACGAGCCCUACAGAUACACGACAUGUCGGUCUAUCCCAAAUUGAUAUUAAUUUUGCGCACCGCCGUGUUGCAAAGUUACUCUUUGUAUUUUUGUCUUUAAAAGGCUUAUACCAAAAACGUUACAUCUUUGAGUGCCAUUUCUCGAGAUGUUAAUAUUCAUAAUGAUACAAUAGCUUGAAAUCCUUCAAUUUUUUUUGUGUGACGUUGAUAUAGUAAUAUAUUGCAUUUGAAAUAUAUUGGAAUCUGCAAUAACUUUUUCGAGUCUUUCCGAAAUGGCUUCCAAUUUGUUUCUACUUGCCAAAUUAAUGCUCAUGAUAAUGAAAUGGAAUGACUGAUAUACUGGAAGUGAAAUAAUUGUGUUAAAUGUAAUGUAUUUGAAUGAAAAUUCUGGUAGAAUAUCGGGUGAAUAUUUUUGGCCGAGUGUAUGAUACAAUUCGCAUUAUUGUUCCUUAAUAACUUUAAUGGUAUGGUGGUGGCGGUGAGGUUAAUAAUAAUCAUAGCUGAAGUUUUUAUGUUAUUGUAUAAUUUAUAAACCUUAUUGAAUUUUUAAGAAUAUACAAAAACAGGGACCGAAAAUAUCCAGAAUCUGACUAAUUCAGAUUGGCACAUUUUCUGGGAUUGGGUCAACUUUGGCUUGAAAUUCAGGUAUUCUAAAGACCAGAUAAGAUAAGUAAUCGUCUCGAAUAUGGUGUCCGUAUACAUAUUGAAUAAGUUAUAUCCUACUUUGAAGGCGCAAUAAAGAUACAUUUACUGACUGCUGACAAUAUUCAAAAUCUGACUGAUUUGGAUUUACGCCAUCUUCUUUGAUCUGGUCAAAUCCAAAAUCGGAAUAUUAGAAACCCGGGGAACAGAAAGAAUUGUCUUCAAAGGACUUUUUUAAAAUGUACAUUUGAUAAGCUUUUACCUACUUUCCAUGCAUAAAAGAGAUGCGUUCCUAAUGAAAACAAGCAACAGCCUACAAAUACCCAGAAUCAGACUGAUACAGAUUUGUGCAUUUCCUGGGAUCGGGUCGUAUUCGGUUUGGAAAUCGGAUACGGGACAUGAGAAGAAAUGGUAUCCAACAUGUCCAAUAUGGACUAAAACAUCUUGUGGAAGUGUUGCAUCCCCGCUUUUUUUUCUUUUGUUUCUCUCUUUGAUCCAUGGCAUGCUUUCCUGCAUGAAUCGUCGCUUUAAAAAAUUUAGAGUAGAAGUAAUAUUUGUUUCAUUGUAUUUGUGUUGUAGAACAAAUUAAUGAUUUAAUUAGGUUUUCUUCAAUCAUGAACUCAAAAGGCUAUCAUUCUUGGUUCAUAUACAGGAAGGUCCGGGUCAUAGCGGACAAAACAAAAUUAAAAAGUGUGCAUGUUAGAUGAAGAGGUUUUGCAUAAAUGCAAAAUAUUAUCAAGGUUCAGGGGCGGAUCCAGGAUUUUGCAAAGGGGUGCAUUUUCGUUCAGAAAAUCAAUACUUUUGCAAUUGAGAACUUCCAUCUGGUAUUUCGCGAUUUAAAUAUCCUUGGUUGUACAAUUUAUAUCCUUUCACCAAAUAAAAUAUAAUAUCCUUUCAACAUAAUCAGUAAACUGAAUUGUUAAGAGAAUAAAUAUCAAAUAAAUCUUCCUCCCUUAUAUACAAUUAAAGUUUGAUAUGAAAGCGAAACAUAUUUUAAGAAACUAAACUGAAAUGAAAUGUUCGAUUUCUAACCUUUGUCAAAGAACUUGUAUCUAGAUUAACUUUUUAUAUCUUUAUAAUAAAACAGGAUUUUAAGCAAAUUUGCUAAAAUAUUGCUUAUCUUGCCAAAUAUAUAUAUGACAUGUUUUGUUUUUCACGUAGUGGGCGUAACAUUUUUUUUUAUCAUUGAUUGUAUUUAAUAAGAUGUUUCUGAAUGUCAACAAUUGCUUAUAAAUGCACUUUUGUGAGAAUUCAGUAAGCAAAGCCACCGAACUCUUUUAGAAAUAAAUAAUGACUUAAAUAAUGACUUAAAUAAAAUGGUAACGCUUCUGGUCACAUUUUAUUUUUCUCACUUUUAAAUUCAUUUUUGGUUCCAAUAUUAAAGGAUUAUAAUCACAAAUUUAUAUUUUAAUGAAAUAAUAUUUAACAAUAUAUAUGCAUCUCUCUCUCUUUCCUUUAUCCUAGUAUUUUAACAUUAUUUUAACAGAUCUAUGGAUUAUCUCGUUUUAUCCGAAAUUGUGUAACUACAUGAAAUAGUUAAGAAGAAUGAAAAAAUGUUCUUUUUAUUCUGAAAAUACAUCCUCCAAUUCCAUUUGAGGUAUGGAUAGCAUAUCUCAAAUUUCUGUUUCAUAAAUCGGCCUCCUAAUUUCGUUAUUACUUAUCUUUUGAAUUUGCAGUCAAAGUUCAUGUUUUUGCUUGUUUAAUUGAGGAAUUCCUUUUUACAGGACUACCUUGGUAGAUUAUUACAGUUGGUAAAAUUGCGUAUACGUAUGAAUAAUGAUCAUCGAUGUUUGCCAAUUGAUUUAUUUUAGAGUAGAUUUUUGCUUCAUGAAUUUUGUUGAAUAUACAGACCUGUAUUCUGAAUCUGAAGUCAUGUUUAAUUAAAACUCUGGCUUUAAGUUGUGGCUUAGAUAUGGCUAGCCGAUCGUGACAUGAAUAUUUAACAGUAUAGAGGUUCAAUUUUUUCAGCUGAAAUUAUUCAUAACUGCUAAACUGUCUGGGAAUCAUUAACAAGGUAAUUGUCUUCACCAUUUCACCAGCAUUGAAUGAGGGUAGACGACAGUCAACAUAAAAAACGUAUAUACAACAAAAUUUUGACAUCUUUGGAUUUUCAUAAUUUUAGCACAUGAUCCGUGGUCUAAGUUAAGCCGGAUUGCGGAAUACGGGUCAUAUUGUUUGUAAUUUUUACAAUUGUCAGGUGACCAUACGACAGGACCAAUGAAAGGGCAUGUAUGUAACAUAUCGAUUGGCAUGAUUUGUUGUCACCAUUGCCCUGCUGGGAAAAAAAAUAGUUUAUCAAACAAAUAAUGACUGUCCAUGAGGGCAAUAGUAAAAACUAUUGCCCUGAAGUGAUUUGCAUCUUUCAUUUUAACUUUUUAUGUGGUGAAACAUAACCCACUAUAACUGUUUCAUCGUGUACAAUACUUACCCAUCAUUUUUUAUAUUACUAUAUACUCAUAAUGUGUAUUAUCCAUCUAUACUAAAAUAUUAAUCCAAAAAAUAUUUGUUUAAUGUUUAAAAUUGGGGUGUUGGCCUUAAACGCGGGAGUCAUCGCACACACUCCAACGAGGCUUACCGAUUGCAAUUGGCCACAGUAUCCUGUAGUUAAUCAACUUUAAAGUAUUAUGACUUUUGUACAUAGAAGUGUAUAUAUUUUCUACCGUACUUCUGAUGUAAAUAUAACUGUUUAUAAUUAUUGAGUGCAAUAAUCGUCAUUUGUUAUCAAAACACCAAUAAAACAUCCUCAUAACAUGA